AUGUCUGUCUCCCGUCACACUUUGGUUUCACUACAAUCCGAGGCGUGUCCCUGUGCUCGUGGCCGACGCAACAAUAAAAAAGAAGUAGUCUUUGGAAAUGAGCUGUUCUCGGCAUGGGAGAACGAGCCCAAUUUCCACUGGCCUUGGUGUGAAGGGUAUUCGAAAAACUUCGUCAAUCCUCCGGCGACUGAAUCCUGGGAGGUGGCUGCCAAAAAACUCCUACAGAUUUGUGAUGGGGAUUGGAACUUGGUCGAGCAACGCAUUCGAGCGGCUCUUGACCAAGACAUCAAGGACGAAUUUAUUGGGAACGAUCGUGAACUAGUGGUAUAUAUACGAGGAUUAAUUCUCGGUCUGGCGGUCCAGGAUCCUUUGGUGAUUUUUCCUUUGGACGAGCCGUUGGAGAACACUACAUUUUUUAAUCGGUAUUGGGAUUUUACUUUGGAGGUUGAGCCCCGCUUACUAUUGGAAUUACGCCCUCUGGCCAAAGUAUGGGCCAUUGCGGUUGAACUCCUAGGGCACCCGUGGACAGACCCCGAAACGACAACGGUGGUAACGGAAUUAUCUGAGCGUCGCUCAGCAGCCAAGGGCCGGAAACGUGAGCGCGAUCUGGACCCAUCAACUGCAAUGAAACCGGCUCCCAUCGACCCUCACUCUCCUGCACGAGGGUUUUUUCCAGAGGCCACCCCAAAACCAGUUCGCGACUCUAUUGCCCCUGAUAAGGAGGAUGCAGUGAUGGUGGACACAACAGGUCCAUCGGUAAUCAGCCCCACCAAUAAACCAGUCAACAGCGAGUUCGCUUAUUGGUCUGACAAUGAUGGGUCGGAGUCCGUUGAGUCGGCUCCUGACUUUUCGGCACCAUCUAAUUCAGACCACCCUCCUACAGAAGCGGUUGUCGGCAACUCACCUGCCCCAGCUCAGCGGGCCAACUACCCCUCGGCAAUGGUGCUAGUCGACUCUCACCUGUCCGAACCGUCUCCGCCCAAACCUUCUCCACUACCAUCCUCCUUCUGUGAAGAAACAAGUACAUACCUUGUAAGUGAAGGUGACAUACGCUGA